AUGAUUCAGCCAUCAUUACUAGAUGUAAGAAAUUUUAGAAAUAACUCAAAGACAUCCACAUUCCUCCUUCUGGGACUUACACAGGACCCGCAUAUACAGCUUGUGCUUUUUUAUAUAUUUUUUAUUAUGUACCUGGUGACAUUUAUAGGAAAUGUCGGUAUUUCCUUAGUUAUCUACUUUUCCCCCAGUCUUCACACACCCAUGUAUAUUUUCUUGAGCCAUUUGUCAUUUAUUGACCUCUGUUACUCUUCUUCUAUCAUUCCCAAUACUAUUAACAAUCUCCUCCAACAGAAGGGUUAUAUAUCCGGUUUUGGUUGUGCAAUGCAGCUAUUUAUGUUUUCAUCCUUUGGCUCCACAGAAUGUCUUCUCUUUGGAGUGAUGGCAUAUGACCGAUAUGUUGCCAUAUGUAACCCUCUUCACUAUGGGACCAUCAUGACAAUAAAAACGUGCACCAUAUUAGUUGUGGCUUCAUACUUUACUGCGGUAAUACAAGCGGCUAUUCAAACAGGGUGCACAUUCAGCUUGACUUUCUGUGCCACCACCAUUAAUCAUUUUAUUUGUGAUGCUCUUCCUUUGAUAAGGCUCUCAUGCUCCAGUACAGUGUUAAAUGAGUUACUUAUCUCUAUAUGUGCGGCUCUCAUAGGAGGAGGUUCACUUCUAAUUAUCUUAAUUUCUUACAUUUUCAUUGUGACUACUGUUGUGAAAAUACCAUCAUCUCAAGGAAAGAAGAGAGCUUUUUCCACUUGUGCCUCUCACCUUUUAUGUGUCACUUUGUUUUAUGGUACAGUGCUGUUCAAUUACCUUUAUCCAUCCAGCGGUAUUUUGAGCCGUCAAGAAAUAGUGGCUUCUGUGCUCUAUACAAUGGUUAUUCCAAUGUUAAACCCUAUCAUCUACAGCUUGAGGAACAAAGAAGUGAGACGAAAUAUGCAGCAGCUACUCAGGCAAAGAAUUAUUGUUGACUUAUGGUUAAUUAACUUCUAA